AGAGUUCGAUCUUUACGAUCGAUAAUCGUCGCCAAUGUAAGGCCAACAAGAAUGUUCGACGAACAGUGCAUGUUUGUCCGGUCGCAUAACCUGACGAAGUCUGUCGGGGGAGAGAAGCUGAUCUUGUACUCGACUUAAUACUGAUAAAAAAACAGAGAGAGAGAGAGAGAGGGAGAGAGACGUAGGCUUAAGCAAAUGCUUGAACAGAUAUACUACAGUCACAUGUCCAUCCAGUAUACCUUUCACGAUCGUGGGGAUACAUAUCGGUUCUGGGGAAUUGGGAGUCCCUCGGAACAAAGAUCAAAGAUCGUUAAGAAUUCUUAAGCCGCGUAAUUGCUCAUGUUAUCCCACAAUUCGAAUUCAGUCGUUCGGUGACCAGUACAGAGCACAUCACGCCGUAAUCGGCUGUCCCUCGUGUCCUUUCCUCGUCCCUCAUUCUUUUACAUACACGUACAACGUGUGCAUAUCAGCAGAUACACGUACCCAUACACACUCACACAAUUCUUAUCCCUUGGAUCGCAUAUAGUGAUAAUUUCCUCUACUAUUCACGGUGGAAAAACUGUUUAGUCGACAGGAAUCGUCGAACUCGUUAGAAGGAACAGACCAAAAACUGCUAGGACACACGUUCAUAGUAUAGAAGUGUCAUUAAUCUGCAUCAAAGCUGACCCCUGUUAGAGUACCGGAGGUAAACAUCUCAGAGAAAUAAGGGGUGACCGGAUAUACCUGCACCAUGAUCGUGGAGGACAAACAGGAAAUGGAAGGCUUCUGGAUUGCCAGCGCGAUCCACGCGAUCAAGGCGCUUUCCUACGUGUACGACUUGCUGACGUUUCCAGUCUACCUCAUAUUGCAACGACCCUGGGAGAAGAGGAAGGCUUCGAGGAGAAUCAAGGCUCGUCCCGUCGCGAAGGAUGAGCACAGUAUCACCUUCAGGAGCGUUGACCCUCCGAAGCGGAUGCACGUUGCCCUCGAGCGUGAGAAGAUCGACACGCUCGAGAAAAUGUUGUCCUGGGUCGCGAAGUUGCAUAGCGACAAAAAGUGCUUCGGGACCAGACAGAUUCUCGCGGAGGAGGACGAGGUCCAGCCUAACGGUAGAAUAUUUAAAAAGUAUAAAAUGGGAGAGUAUAAGUGGAAGUCCUAUACAGAAGUGGACAGACUCACCAACUCAUUCAGUCGUGGACUAAAAGACCUGGGUCUCACAACUCGUAAAAACGUUGUGCUCUUUGCUGAGACCAGGGCAGAAUGGAUGAUCGCAGCUUAUGGUUGUUUCAAGCAAAAUUUGACCGUGGUUACCAUCUAUGCGACUUUAGGGGAUGAUGCGAUAGUUCAUGGUAUCAAUGAGACGGAAGUGGAUACGGUGAUAACUAGUCAUGAUCUAUUACCGAAGUUCAAGCGACUCCUUGAAAGAGUACCUGUAGUUAAGACGAUUAUUUACAUGGAGGAUCAACUGAAACCGACAGAUACCACUGGCUAUAAAAAGGAUGUGAACCUUAUACCGUUUUCCGAAGUAAUUAAAAAGGGCAACGAUUCAAAAUCACCGCUAUCGCUACCCGAAUCGAAUGACACAGCUAUUAUAAUGUACACAUCUGGUUCUACCGGGGUACCGAAAGGCGUUCUUCUGUCUCAUGCAAACAUCAUCUCCACCUUGAAGGCUUAUUGUGAUGCAGUUGCGAUUAAACCGGACGAUGUUUUCUUGGGAUUCUUGCCCCUGGCUCAUGUGUUUGAAUUACUUGCUGAAAGUGUAUGCCUUCUUACUGGCGUACCAAUUGGUUAUAGUUCACCACUUACUAUGAUUGAUUCGAGCAGCAAAAUACAGAGGGGAUCUAAGGGCGACGCUUCAGUUUUGCACCCCACUUGCCUAACUGCAGUGCCUCUAAUCCUCGACCGCAUUUCUAAAGGCAUAAACGAGAAAGUGAAAAAAUCGGGUCCAUUCAGACAAGCGAUUUUUAAUUUUGCUUACGAGUAUAAACUGAAGUGGGCUAAACGGGGGUACGACACACCGUUCUUUGAUAAAUAUAUCUUCGGAGCUGCCAGGCAGGUUCUUGGUGGACGGGUUAGGCUUAUACUCUGUGGAGGAGCACCUUUAUCUCCUGACACACAUACUCAGGUGAAAAAUUGCCUGUGCGUUACAGUGACCCAAGGCUAUGGUCUCACAGAAACAACUUCGUGUGCUACUGUUAUGGAUGCUUGCGAUAGGAGUACAGGACGAGUGGGAGCACCAACUACAGUCUGCGACAUACGUUUGGAAAACUGGGAAGAGGCUGGUUACAGAGUUACAGAUACUCCUGAUCCCCGAGGAGAAAUCCUUAUUGGAGGGAAAAACGUUUCUGCUGGUUACUACAAAUUGCCAGAUAAAACGCAAGAGGACUUCUUCCAGGAAGAUGAUCGGCAGUGGUUUAGAACAGGUGACAUUGGGGAAUGUCAUGCCGAUGGGUCUAUCAAAAUUAUUGACCGAAAGAAGGAUCUAGUGAAGCUGCAACUUGGCGAAUAUGUGUCUUUGGGUAAAGUUGAGGCAGAACUAAAAACAUGUCCAGUCGUAGAAAACAUAUGUGUCUAUGGAGAUGCACAUAAGGCGCACACAGUAGCGUUAGUGGUUCCCAAUAUUUACUACUUGGAGGAGAUUGCCACUAAUUUGGGUAUCACUGGAAAAACCACAGAUGAACUUUGCAACAAUCCUGUGGUAGAAAAGGCAGUACUGCAAGAACUGGUGGAACAAGCUAAAAAAUGUAACCUUCAAAGAUUUGAGAUUCCCGGCGCAGUAAAACUGUGCACAGAGCAAUGGACACCGGAUAUGGGAUUGGUCACAGCCGCAUUCAAACUGAAGAGGAAAGCGGUGCAAGAGUACUACCAGCAUGAAAUUAAUAGGAUGUACAAUUCGUGAUGUCGCGCCAAGUCUUGUAAGAAGUGUAAUCGAUGAAGCGGUUCAAAAUUUACAUUUCCUCCUCCAACAAAACGAUGAUUCGAUCACCUUUAUAUAUGAGUUUGUGAAAUCGAGGUCGCGAGUCGGUUACAAAGACAAACUUUAGACUCGAAAGAUUCUGUGUGUCCAAAAAAAAAGAUGUUGCACGGUGUGCAUCUCUAUUGUCAAUUUCCUUUUCGCAAUUAACCAUGGAGUUGUAAUAGGUGUCAGUCGUCGACAUCGGUACGCCUAUUCGAUAUUAAAAUUACACCUACAUUUUCAAGGAUACUAUUGUUACUAAUCCGACUUUUCGUUUCGAGAGAUUUUUGUGUAGGGUUAUAAUUAGAAUUGACGAGGAACGUGCGUAAGCGUAACGCACGACGAGGAACUGCAAACUAACAUAAAUGGAAACUUUGCAUAACCUAGCAUUCCUCGUCGACAGGUGAAGUGGUCGCUUUUCCUUCCUAAAUAAUUUUUAUGUCUGACUAAAACGAUAUACUCAUUCUUCACGGUGAUUCCUCCUGAUGUAACUUUGUGGCAAAUGGACCGUCGGGUGGCUAUGCAAUUGUGCUAAUUUUGUAAGUUCACAACACGUAUGGUGUACUUACCUCAAGUAUUAUUCGAGAUAGUAGAGUUCCAUUUUCGCAAAGAGAGAAGGCCGCGACUCUUCGAAUAGGCAGAGUAGCUCUAUUCUACAUUAAGCUAUUAUAUGUAUAUACAGAAAAUCGAUCUACGAGUCAGCCUUUACUAAUAUAAUCAACGUAAAUGAUGCCAGACUUUAGAUUUAGUCGGACAUGUUUAAUUACGCCCUCGUCUGAAAUUCGACCCCAUUCCGUUUUUAUUAUGGAUAUAAAUAACUACGAUUCGUUCGCCAUCCCUUCACCUACUGUAUAAUAUACUUGUCAAUACGUUCUUGCCUACUUUCUCAAGUGCUAGUAUAUCGUGUCAAAGCAUCACAAGAACUCUAUCUCCCUUCUACUACUGCAGCAGAACGAUAUUUUUUAAGUGUGUGCGAGAGCGCGUAUGCAUUGGUGUUUGUUUAAUUGCUGUGUAUGCUUGCAUAUAUAUACAUAUUUAUAUAUAUGCGCUAUACAUAUGUAUAUAUACGUGUCCACAAACGAGAGGAUACUAGAAUGUACUGUGUGUGAGAUUGUAGGAAAGUAAAACGGUAUCUACGGAAUAAGAAACCAAGCGAUUGUUCUAUUAAUUUCUAAUUUUUAGUCUUCCCAUUCGUUGUAUUAGUCAAUUUUCUGACUUGCCAGGUCGUUUCAUUGCUGUUACAACCUUUCUUACUCGAGAUUCAGAAUGAUUUGCGAGUCUCGUUCUCAUCACACGAAUCCUUUGCUGGCAACUGGGUAGUCUUCCCUGAAAAUCCCGAGAAAUAAUAAAACCAAAGUAAUUUCGGUCGAAUAGAUUGAUUAACCGUUGCGUUCAAUGCAAAUUAGAUUUUUUCGUUGCGGUCCCGCAGCUGGUUAUGAUAGCGAAUUGUACACCUCAGGGACUUUGUAUCAUAGAGUACCGAGGUGGUUACGUUUACCGACGGAUACUUAGUAUCUAAGUAUUGAGGCUCGGAACACGCGAGUAAAACCGGCAACAAAACGGUUCGAACGGUUUUACUUGCAUCUUGCGACUUGUUGAACUGCGACUGUACAAGGGAUGAGAGAAUUAGGCGAGAAAUAAGAGAGGAUAAUUAUCGACUAGCAGCUGAUGCUCCUUUUCCAAUCGCGUUGAGAGUUCCUGACGCUGGGCUGAAGUUGUUAAGGACCCCGUUAAUGAUUUGUAUAAAUUAUUAAAACGCUGUACCAUAUUAGAUAGGAAACUGCCAAUUGUCAUUUGAGUAUGAUUAUAUCCUAUUGUUAAUUAAUUCGUCAUUUUAUUAUGAUUACUAUUAUUAUUAAUAUCAUUAUUACUAUUAGAAUUAGUAUUUUAAUUCUAAAAUUAUGGCUUACGAAAAACAGAAUCCAAAAUAAAUGUACAGAAUUAUAGUAUACGUAGUAAGUAUCAUUAUUAUGAUUACUUUCUUGCUUAAUUUGUUUUUCGUGAUGUAUGGUAGGUUCGUCGGAAACUCCGUCAAAUACGAUAUGUUAUUUAUAAGUAAUGUUUGUUAAUUUUACAGUCUCGACAAUAACAUAGCUUUCACGAAAAUGGAUACCGUCGGUGAAUAAAAUCAUAAGAACUCUCAAUCGUAUUUUGAUUCUUCGAUUGUUGCUGUGUUACCUGCAAGAAGACGUGAUCAGAGAUCCAGUUUUCUCUAUUUGUCGAAACUCAAUUUAUGUAUUAAUAACUCUUCUUCCUUUUUAUGUCCAAGUGUAACUAUAUUUUUAGUCAGUUUAUUUUCAACAUUUAGAAUAUACAGAUUAAGGAUUACAGUUGAAUAUUAUAUAAAAUUGCUUCAGACCCCGCUCUUCUGACGCGCGCGCGCGCGCUUACCUCGAUUAUAUUUUUAAAACUAUACAGGGUGGACCACGGAACGUGAGCAGCUUAAUUUAUUUUGCUGCCACUGGUUCGAUUGGAAGUUUUUUGAGCUAAAAUAAUACGAUUUAAGCAGAGCUUCAAAAUGAUGGUAUUAAAUUUGUUGUCAAUUUUUUUUUCCACAGUUAUCAAGGUUUUUCCACAGGUAAAUCUACAAUUUCUUUUUUUUUGUAGAUUCAGAAAAAAAUUGUAUAUUACGAUGCUUGCCGAAUUCGUCUCAGCAUUUCCUAAAAGAUGGAUACAAAAACAAUUGUAGGUUAACUUAUAAAAAGACUGAAGGUGACUGAUAAUUCCGGAAGAAAAGAGUUGAUAACAAAUUUGGUACGAUCACCUUAAAGCUCCCCUGAAAAAAAUGUAUAUCGAACCGCUAGCAGCAGAAUAAAUUAAGCUGAUCACAUUCCGUGAUCCACCCUGUAUAUUACGUUUGAAAAUAUUAUAAUCUUCGUAAGAAUCGCAUCACCCAGAGAGCAACUAUUUUGACGGCUUUGAUGGGAUACAAAUUGGUUAGGACCAUUCUAUCGUAAAAACUCAACGCAGACAAACAUAUUAUAUGGUAUAGUAAAUUAUUUAAUAUAAGUAACUUUAUAUAUAUUACAACGUGUAUUAAAUAAAAUUAAAUCUAUUCGACAGUAUCCGUUAACGAAGACAAGAGUGAAACGUUUCUUUAAUAAUAAUUGUGCUUUGCGGUAUAUUUUAGGUGACUUAACAGAGGUUGUACAUACAUCAGUUAUUAAAAUGCGAGGAAACAAUGA